ACUUUACUGUCACAUUGCUUUGCUCCGCCAUUUUACGCUGACAAUUUUUUCGCAAGAUUAGAGAAAUUAUAUCAAGCACGAGUAGAAUGUAAAUAAUUUUAGAAUUCGCAGACGGACGACAGCGCGUUAAAGCAAUUAAUUAAAAUUAAUUAAUUGUUCAGCGGGAGCAAUAACCCGGGGAAAACGAGGAGCAGCACGCCGGCUUCCUCAUCAAAAAUUGUACGAGGCGUGAGUGUGAGUGCGACAGAGACGAAACGUGUGACGAGUGUGUUGGUGUGCGUGCUAAAGUUGAAAAAGCGGCGAAAAAUCAGUAAUAACGCCUAGGAAAAUCACUUUUUCCGGUGCAACAUGGCCGAUGUGGUCUUGGAUCUGUACGCAGAGGACUUGGACAAGGACUUUGCCGGGCAGGCUCAGGACGAAUUUGGAGGAGAUGGCGUAGACCUUUACGAUGACAUAGGCGGUCCCACCGAGGCUGCCGCUUCCGGUGGCGGGGGCGGCGGUACGCCCUCCGCAGAUGGAGCAGCUGGACCGGGUUCCGGGGAUUCCGGCGAAAGGAUUUCUGGUGGUCCCAAUGGGGUUUACCAUCAGAGCGGUGGUAGCCUCACUCCCACCAUGAACCGGCGCUAUCAGUUGUACGUUGGCAAUCUCACCUGGUGGACCACUGAUCAGGAUAUCGCAAAUGCGCUGCGAGACAUCGGCGUGAGUGACCUGCAAGAGGUGAAGUUCUUCGAGAACAGGGCCAAUGGCCAGUCGAAGGGCUUUAGCGUCAUCUCGCUUGGCUCGGAGUCUAGUUUGCGUGCCGUACUCGACCAGCUCCCUAAAAAGGAGAUGCACGGCCAGGCGCCAGUGGUUACGUACCCCAGCAAGCAAGCACUCACCCAGUUUGAAAGUCUGCAAAAGACGCGACCUGUACCGCCGCCGCAGCAGAAUGGACCUCCUAGGGGUCCGGCCCCGCCAAGCAUGGGUAGCGGGCCAAUACCUAGUGGACACCCGGGCGGACCGCAGGGAGGUGGACCGCCUGGACAUCCGCCGCGCGGGAUGAAUACCAUCAUGCAGCCGGGACAGUACCGGCCACAGCACAUGUCGCAAGUGCCCCAGGUGGGCGGACCCAACUCCGGACCUCCACGAAUGCAGCCGCCGAUGCAUCCGCAAGGCGGGCUCAUGGGCAACCAACAGCCGCCACCCCGGUAUCCAUCAACGCAGGGCCAAUGGCCGGGUCAGCGGCCAGGCGGACCACGACCAGGUCCACCAAACGGACCGCCACAACGACCAAUGUUUCAAGGAGGACCCAUGGGUAUGCCCGUUAGGGGUCCGCCGGGCCCCGACUGGCGUCGUCCGCCCAUGCACGGUGGUUUCCCGCAGCAAGGCCCUCCACGUGGCCUUCCCCCAGCGCAAGGUCCGGGCGGACCGCACGGCGCCCCAGCACCUCACGUGAAUCCGGCUUUCUUCAACCAACCCGGAGGCCCAGCCCAGCAUCCGGGUAUGGGUGGUCCGCCCCACGGAGCCCCUGGUCCACAGCCCGGCAUGAAUAUGCCACCACAACAGGGAAUGAACAUGCCGCCGCAGCACGGACCGCCACCACAGUUUGCCCAGCAUGGACCUCGUGGUCCGUGGCCACCACCGCAGGGGAAGCCACCGGGUCCCUUCCCCGAUCCUCAGCAGAUGGGUCCGCAAUUAACGGAGGUGGAGUUCGAGGAGGUGAUGAGCAGAAAUCGCACAGUCAGCAGCUCAGCUAUCGCCAGAGCUGUUUCUGAUGCGGCCGCUGGUGAAUACUCGAGCGCAAUCGAGACGCUGGUCACGGCUAUUUCACUGAUUAAACAGUCCAAGGUAGCGCACGACGAGCGUUGUAAAAUCCUGAUCAGCUCGCUGCAGGAUACGUUGCACGGCAUCGAGGCCAAGAGUUACAAUAGACGCGAGAGAUCGCGAUCCAGAGAGCGAUCGCAUCGCAGCCGACAGCGACGUGAACGUUCGACGUCUAGGUAUCGUGAACGAUCUCGUGAGAGAGAACGCGAUCGAGAUAGGGAGCGUGAACGUGAUGGCGGCAGCUAUCGGGAGCGGUCACGCAGCAGAGAACGGGAACGCCAGGCUCCAGAUCACUACAGGGAUGACAGCAGAUCGGUACGUCCGCGGAAGUCACCAGAGCCCGUAGUCGCCGAAGCUGCAGAGGCGCCGUCAUCAAAGCGAUACUACGAGGAACGCGAGAGGUACCGCUCGUCGGACCGGGAGCGCCGCGACAGGGAUCGGGACCGUGACCGCGAGCGGGAGCGCGAUCGCGACAGGCGCGAAGAGCACCGAUCCCGGCAUUGACUGCCAUAAGUGGAGGGUUGGAACUGCGCCAGUGGACUGUAAUCCAGAGUAAAGAUGCAACACAGAUAUACUAAAAACUCUUUAUUAACAAACAAUAAGCCGCGAUGCUUGGUGGGAUAACAAGCUAGCUACAAUUAACAGAUUUUCGAUUUGUAUCUAACAUUACCAAUACGUAGGAUAUGAAUAUGGCAUACAGCAUAGUUCUUCUAGACAUACUAUAAUAAGCCGAAAUGCUGACAACAACAACAAUUUUACCAACGACGGACGCAGACUGUCUCUGGAUCUCUCCAACUUCUCAUCUCGCCCUCCUGGGAGCACUAAGACAGACACCGACGUUUGCAACAGAGGGAUCGAUGGAGGAGCCAGAAUGCGUGGGACAUUUUAGACAACGAUGUUCACUGGAUCAUCAUACAACAAACAGCUAGCAAUCCUGCACCGCCGUCAUCCCAGCAGAAUUUCAAUAUUAUUGUACUCUUAAAUUUCGGUUUAUUUAAUAAAACAUAAACGUAUGAAAAAGAA